AUGUCGUCAAACUCAACCUGUGACCUUUUCUGGGACAGCUACGUCCGAGUAGAGUACAACGACACCUGUAACUUUGACCUUGUCCUUCCACCAGAAGAUAUUGACAUUAACAAAUUCUGGGCCUCGGUAAUUCUCUCCGUGGUCGGGGCUUUAUUCAAUCUUUGGGCAUUCAUACUACUCAUAGCUGACUAUCAUGCCCCAAUCAGUCAUGACAGACGCGCUGCCACCUCACAGGUGACAAGCGCUGUCGGUCAGCACCGAGUGACUACCACCAGUCGCAGUAAAAAGCGGAGUAUAAUGCAAGUCGGGCUGAUUGUGUUCUGCCUCUUUGAGGUAUUUUAUCAUACGACUCAGGCUACUGGUGAAAGCAUUCGCCUCUACUCUUGGUUACGUCUCAGCCGGCAGGUGGUGCCACCUCCAGCAGGAUCCAGCCUACCAGUCGAGUUUGCAGUGCUACCGAUUACUGGAUCGGUGUUUGAUUGCCUUCGUGACGCCGGUAUCUGCUGUCGCAACUGGGCCAUUACCCUGAUAACAAUUGCCAGGGCCGAAGUAGUGGUGUGGCCGCUGGCUUCUCAAUUCUACCAUCGUUGUCUUCGAAAGAAGCGCGUUUUCCUGGCUGCAAUCGGUCUGAUCACGGCACUUUCACUCUUGUUGGGUGUACUUCGUCGUCUUGACAGGACCAUCGAAGUAUGCUAUAGCAGCAGUUUUAACUCCUACUGUACAACUGAGAAGCCUUUCCUAAUGGACCUCACAAAGAUGACCAGUUUCUACUUCACCUAUCAGACACUCUUGCCAUGGAUUCUCAUCUUUAUUUUCACUAGUCUGAUCAUAUUCAAGUUGAAGCCCUGGCAGAAGUCCUCGGAAACUUUCAUUCAUCGACACAAUCCAGAGGCUGGCAAAAAGGGCAAAGCCCCUGACAGCCAUGUUCGUGCGUCAAUAGCGGUGACUGUGUUAGCAGCCUUCUUUACCGUUUUCGAGCUGCCAACGUUUGUGCUCUGCAUCUACUUUCUGGUUGUAGACCCCAAUGCAGAUCUGUCCAAUUGGACGACUGCAGCAAAUAUUUUCCUUCAGCUUGACUCCAUCGCAAACUUCUUCCUUCUCGUACUCACGAUGCCCUCCCUCAGACAGCGUGCUAGGUAUGGGACGGCACGUCCUCCUGGCAGGUCAAACAUGUCCCAAUCGGACGGUAUUAAACUCGGUGAAACGGAGGUAAUCUCAAACAUUUAA